AUGGUACACAGCAACGGGGAUAUUCCCCUCACCAAUGGAGGGGUGGCUGCGACCAACGGCACCAAGUCAACCAACGGGAUGCCUCUGGCCUCACAAUCCUUAAAUGUCACAUUGAAAGACAAAGUUAUUGCCAUCACGGGCGCGAAUCAAGGCAUCGGUCUGGCACUGGCAGAGGCAUGUCUCGCCAAUGCAGCCUCGCGCGUAUACUCUCUCGACAUCAAAGACCCGGGUAAAGAGUUCCUUGAGCUGCAAAGCAAGCAUCCUGGCGCUCUGGAGCAUAUCAAAGUGGACGUGACCAAUCAAGCCGAGGUCGAGUCAAGUCUCGACGCGAUUGUCGAGGCCACUCAUCGACUAGACGGGUUGGUGGCGAACGCCGGCAUUACCGCCCACAAAUCAGCCUUGGACUUCUCGCAAGCCGAGGUGGAAAGACUCUGGAAGAUAAACGUGAUGGGAACCUGGAAUUGUGCAACUGCGGCCGCAAGAAUGUUCCUCAAGUUAAACACAAAAGGCUCAAUCGUCAUGACUGCGUCUAUGGCCUCCUACGGCGCAAACAAGGCGAGCAUGCUGAUUGGGUCACAGACCGUGCCUUCGACACCUUACUCGGCCACGAAGGCAGCCAUCAGGAGCAUGGCCAAAACCAUGGCCAUGGAAUGGGCCGAUCACUCCAUCCGCGUCAACAGUGUCUCGCCAGGUUUCAUCUUGACCGAAUUGUCGUAUCACGUCCGAGAUGCGCCCGAUUGGGACACGAAAAUGAAGUAUUGGCGUGGCAUGCCUCGUUUGGCCUUGCCGCAAGAGCUUGGAGGAGCUUAUGUGUACCUUCUUUCGGACUCGGCGAGCUAUACCACCGGCAUUGACAUUCCAGUCGCAGGUAGCGUCGGCGCAUGGUGA